AUCGUUCGUCUCCCUCUUGUGCCACUUUCACCCUCCGUCCGUUGCCCUGCGCCCAUCACUUACGAUUGCGUCACUUCGCCCUUUCUCACGCCUCGGACGUGUAGCAGAAGGCGAAAGCGCCGGCUAGGAGUGACGCUGGUGGCCGAUAGAGCCUCUGACGUUUGUGUGUCCCCGUAGAUGCGUGCUGGUGGGUACAGUCGUCCGUCUCCUUUGUCCUCUUGGCAAGUCUCACAUUCUGGUUUCACCCCUACAACAGCAGCGAUGUCCGCGUCCAGCAGCGUAGCGCUCGUGACACGCCUCGUCAACACACCGUUCACCUUUGUCGCAGUUGUGCUGCUAGCCUACCUAGCCCGCACGUACUUUCGCGGAAAGCAGCGCAUCGCCAUCAUCUUGGACGAGAGGGCGAGCUCGCCCGCCAGACCCACCGAGCUCUACGGGUACUACGACGAUGGCCGGACCACCGAACGACACGAUCAAGUCUAUAUGGGUGAAGACUGGCACUCGCUUGACCAGCCUCAAGAUCAAUCUCAGGCCCCGCAGCAGGGCGAUGGGCCCAUGAGGGAGGUGCCGGCCUCAGCCAGCCCGUGGAACCGCAUCUCGCUCUCGCCCACCAAGCUUCACUGAUUUCAGUCUGGGGUGAUCUUCAUUUUCUUGG